AUGCUACAAGCAAUAACACGGUACGGCUUAUUUCUAGCUUUGAUCGGAGCUGCCGCCUAUUCGUUCCGCAUUCGGUAUCGUAAAGGCCUGCAAGAUAUUCCUGGCCCAUUCUGGGCGUCUAUUCUUUCGUUCGACCGUGUCAUCACCACCGCCUCGGGAAAACAGCAGCACAAACACUUGCAGUAUCAUAAUACUUAUGGCCCAUUUGUAAGAGUGGGACCCAAUCAUGUGUCUAUCUCUCGGGGAGAAUUUAUAACACAGAUUUACGGCAUAGGAAAUGCUUAUCCCAAGAGCGAAUUUUACUCCGUUUUCGAUGCGAUUACUCCUCAUGGAGUCAGAUUUCCCACCCUGUUUUCAAUCCGAGAUGAAAAAGCGCACAAGUCUCUAAAGAGGCCGGUUGCCAGCGCAUUCUCGAUGACUUCUCUGGUAGAGCUAGAGCCAUUGACGGACAUUUGCAUCGAGAUACUUAUAAGUAAACUCAACAGAAAACAAGGCCAAAGUGUGGACUUUGGUACAUGGCUUCAUUGGUAUGCGUUCGAUGUCAUCACUUCACUAACCUUUUCGACACGACAAGGUUUCAUGGAAACAGAAAAAGAUGUUGACGGCAUAAUCAAUGCCAUUGAAGGCCGACUUGUUUACAACUCAAUAAUAGGCCAAGUUCCAUUUCUUCACAAGUUUCUUCUCGGAAACAACUUUAUCGCCGCAUGUGCCCAAGCAGUUCCAUUAGUAGCUAAGUUGAACACGGUGCGUUCUAUAGUCAAAUUCGCAGCAUCUCAGCUUGAAAAGCGCACCAUGGGCAAAUCUCUAUCCUCCAGUGAUCAGAACCAUGACUUGCUUGAUCGCUUCAGGCGUGUCCGUGAUAGCGAAGAAGUCAUGACAAACGGAGACCUGCUGAAUCAUGCGGCGUCAAAUGUAUUUGCUGGAAGUGAUACUACCGCGAUUUCACUGCGCUCAAUGUUCUAUUAUUUGUGCAAGAAUAAGCGGUGCUAUGAAAAGUUGCGUGAGGAGAUCGACAAUAUGGAUAAGGAAGGUAGUCUUUCUAGUCCAAUUACAUUUGGUGAAGCAUCUCGCAUGCCAUACCUCCAGGCGUGUAUGAAGGAGGCUAUGCGACUUCACCCUGCGGUUGGCCAGAUGCUAGAACGAGUUGUCCCUGAACAGGGAGCGCAGUUCGGACAACACUGGCUCCCACCUGGCACAAUCGUCGGAAUAAACCCGUGGGUGGUUAGUCGGGAAAGAACAGUAUACGGAGAGGAUGUUGAUGACUUUCGGCCUGAGCGAUGGUUAGAUGCGACACCCGAAGCUGCCAAAUACAUGCAAAGGAAUUUCUUGGCAUUCGGAUCAGGAGGGCGCUCUUGUCUUGGGAAGAAUAUUUCUCUGCUUGAAAUGUCCAAACUUGUUCCAGAACUACUCCGACGCUUCGACAUUGAGCUAUCAAGCCCCAUGACAGAUUGGACACUGAAUACAUUCUGGUUUGUCAAGCAAACAGACCUGUUUUGUAAUAUAAAGAAGAGACCAACGAGCGAAUAA